GAGAUGCAACGUGUGAAGGAUGAGCCAAUGUACGACGACAGUGCCGAAACGACCGAGGCUGCGCUGGGCGAGCUGUACGCCGAUCACGUGGUCAAGGACGAGCUCGUGCUGGGGCCGGAGCGCCCGCACCGCCCCGAUGUUGGCCUCGUGGUGCGCGAUGGGGCAGUCGGUGACACAGGUGGGUGUCCGCUGGCUUUGGAUCGCGGCGGAGCACAGCUCGCGCGGGUCUCCACCGAGCGGCUCGAGCGUUGCGACGACGCCACAUCACACCACGUGCUAAGCGAGACCAAGAGCGCGCAAAUGCUCACUGAACACAAUUCACCACUGAGUGGUGAAAAGCAACAUAAACAAAUGCACAGUGGUGAAAAAUCAUAUCCAUGUGAAAUAUGUGAAAAAAAGUUUAGACGAUUAGUUGAAUUAAGCAUUCAUACACGAGUCCACACCGGCGAAAAACCAUAUCAGUGUGAAGUAUGUCAAAAAAGGUUUACUCAAUCGAGUCAAGUAAAAAUACAUAAACGAUGCCACACUGGCGAAAAACCAUAUCAAUGUGAAGUGUGUGAAAAGAAGUUUACCCAAUCGAGUCAAUUAAAAUCACAUAAACGAUCCCACACUGGUGAAAAACCAUAUCAAUGUGAAAUAUGUCAAAAGCAAUUCAGCGACCCGAGUCAUGUAAAGAUUCAUAAACUAUUACACACUGGCGAAAAACCAUAUCAAUGUGAACUUUGUGAAAAAAGAUUCACUCAAUUGGGUAAUUUAAAAAAACAUAAACGAUCCCACACUGGCGAAAAACCAUACCAAUGUGAACUGUGUGAAAAAAGAUUCACUAACUCGAAUACUUUAAAAUUACACAAUCGUUUACACACUGGUGAGAAACCAUAUCAAUGUGAAGUGUGUGAAAAAAAAUUCACUCAAUUGGGUAGUUUAAAAAGACAUAAACGACAUCACGUUGGCGAAUAACUAUAUCAGUGUGAAGUAUAUAAAGAACAAUUCAGAGAGUUGAGUAUUGCUAUCAAGCUAAUACAGCGAGCAUUUUCCAACAUUAAGGAAUAUUUUGAAUGAAUACGAUGGUGAUCAUAUUGUAUAACACAUAGCUUUUAAGUCACGAAACUAGUUAAUAUA